AUGCGCGGUACACGACAAGUCUAUCUGUUGCCGCUGACAGAUGACGGUGCGCCGGAUAUUCCUGGCGGGUACAUCUACCUGCCACCUCCGACGACCCCCGCUUAUGUGCUACGCUUCGUGAUUGAAGGCACAAGCUCUAUUUGUAGAGAGGGAAGCUUAUGGACAAACAUACCCGAAGAAGGCGCAGAAUUCGAUCGAUCGAGGUUUCGCCAAUUCAUUCUUCAGCCAGACUUCAACAAAGAUAUCUAUAUCGAUGUGCCGAUAACCCAAGCGGGAGCCUUUGCUUUCUAUACUACCUACUCGCCUCUCCCCGAAUUCACGGCGUCCUCUCUUCCCUCGCAGAAUCAGGAGAAGAGUGAAGUUCACUAUGUCGACGUGGCCCCGGCAUUGUCUCUGCGGGGUGCAGACUUGCCAUUGGAUGCCCUUUCUAUAUUUUCGGUAAUAUCCAAAUUCAUGGGCAAAUAUCCAACAGACUGGGACAAUCACCUACGCGGCAUAUCGCAACGAAAUUACAAUAUGAUUCAUUUCACACCGCUGAUGCAACGCGGUUCGUCUAAUUCCCCUUAUAGUAUCUACGACCAAAUGAAAUUCGGUACAGACUCGUUCCCCAACGGAGAAAAGGAUAUCGCGGAGUUGGUGGAGAAAAUGAACAAGGAAUACGGCCUAUUGGCGUUGACGGACGUUGUCUGGAACCACACUGCAAAUAACAGCAAGUGGCUUGAAGAACAUCCUGAGGCGGGGUACAAUGUUGAAACGGCACCGUGGUUAGAGGCUGCUUUGGAACUUGAUACUGCCUUGCUCAAAUACGGCAAUGAUCUGGAGGAACUUGGUUUGCCCACCGAGUUUCACACAGUGGAAGAUUUGUUGAAGGUAAUCGCUGGAAUGCGCGAGCAUGUUAUCGACGCGAUCAAGUUGUGGGAGUUUUACGUUGUGGACGUGAAAGAGAAUGCCACUCGAAUCAUCAGAGAGUGGACAACUAGCUCCGCGACGGCAGAACCUAUUGACGGUGCUCAGUCGUGGAGUUUGAAGCAAAAAGCAGAUUUUAUCCGUCAAAACGCUCUUCCAAACUCGUCUCGUAUUCUUGGGAGAUUUUCUCGGCAAGUAGAUGAGAAAGAAGCUUCACGCUUGCUUUCUGCAUUAUACGGAUCGAACGACACAGCAGACAGCUCUACAGUGGAGUCGGAAAUAAGUCGGAUUCUCGACGAGGUCAACCAACCAUUCUAUGAGGAGUACGACGCAGAUGUUAAAGUUAUCUUGGACCAAUUGCUCAAUCGCAUCAAGUACGUUAGAAUCGAUGAUCACGGGCCAAAGUUGGGACCAGUGACCAAGUCCAGUGCUCUUAUCGAGACCUACUUCACAAGACUACCUGUCAAUGAAACAACCAGGCGCCAUAACCCUAAGUCAUUGGCGUUGGUCAACAAUGGCUGGAUUUGGAAUGCCGAUGCUAUGAAAGACAAUGCUGGGCCAGACUCGCGGGCCUAUCUCCGUCGAGAAGUCAUCGUGUGGGGUGACUGUGUCAAGCUGAGAUAUGGAUCUUCGCCUGAGGAUAAUCCAUUCCUCUGGGAGUACAUGGCUAAAUACACCCGACUUAUGGCAAAAUAUUUCUCUGGUUUCCGGGUAGACAACUGUCAUUCUACUCCUUUACCUGUGGCCGAGUACCUCCUUGAUGAAGCACGCAAAGUCCGGCCAAACCUGGCUGUCUUCGCCGAACUUUUCACUGGAUCUGAGGAGACUGACUACGUUUUUGUGAAACGUCUGGGCAUAAGUGCGCUGAUUCGAGAAGCUAUGCAAGCAUGGAGCACUGCUGAAUUGAGUCGUCUAGUUCAUAGACAUGGUGGUAGACCAAUUGGAAGCUUCGAAUUGGAUCUUCCUACAGGAUCUUCUCCUGAACCGAACGAGCAAGAAACAAUUGCGCAUAUUCGUCAAAGUCCUGUUCAUGCGCUCUUCAUGGACUGUACGCACGAUAAUGAAGUCCCAGCUCAGAAGAGAGAUGCAAGAGAUACAUUGCCGAACGCUGCAUUGGUUGCAAUGUGUGCGUCUGCUACUGGCAGUGUUAUGGGAUACGACGAGAUAUACCCUAAACUCAUUGAUCUCGUCUCUGAAACUCGUUUGUACACUUCCAAAUUUUCGGAAUGCGAGACUCUUGAAGUAGGCCCCGGUGAGGGUGGAAUUGGGGGAAUCAAGAAACUUCUAAACGAGCUUCAUACCAAGAUGGGCAAAGAAGGUUAUGAUGAAACAUAUAUCCAUCAUGACGGAGAGUACAUCACAGUCCACAGAGUGCAUCCAAAGACACGGAAGGGUAUCUUGUUGAUUGCGCAUACGGCAUUCCCUGGGCAUGGAAACGGAAAUGGAACUCUAGCCCCAACCCACCUCACUGGUACUCAUGCAAAGCUACUCGGAAGCUGGAAAUUGGAAGUCGAAGUUAGCGAUGAAUCUCAAAAAAAGGUUCUGGAAGAUACAGCUUUUCUACGGGGUCUGCCGAGUAAAGUGAUUGGCAUUGAAGGUGCCACAGUCUGCAUCAAUGGAGAUGACUCUGAUCUUACAGUUACUGAGCAUCUGAUUCCUGGUUCUAUUGCCCUGUUCGAGACCUGGAUCCCUAGCGCCGAACAUGCGGAUGGAUUCGAUAACUACAUCACCAGCGGCGCUAACGAGGCUUUCUCAAAACUUGAUCUCAUUGAUCUCAACUUCUUCCUGUACAAAUGCGAAGCCGAAGAACGAGACUUUAGCAAUGGGCAAGAUGGUGUGUACAGUAUCCCGAACCAUGGUCCGCUAGUCUAUGCUGGUCUUCAGGGUUGGUGGAGUCUGCUCGAGAACAUUGUCAGAUAUAACGAGUUAGCACACCCCCUGUGCGACCAUCUACGUCAGGGACAAUGGGCAAUAGACUAUAUUGUAGGUCGUUUAGAGCGAGCAAGCAAACAAGAAAUGUAUACUCGUCUAGACGCGCCAGCAGCUUGGCUACGCACACGGUUUGAUGUGGUCCGAACAUUACCCAGUUUUUUACUUCCACGAUAUUUUGCCAUCAUUGUACAGAGUGCGUUCACAGCUGCAUGGCGACGAGGUAUCCAGCUAUUCAGCAAUAACAUUCAACAUGGCCAGCAAUUCAUCCACCAACUAGCCAUGGUUAGUGUCCAACAAGUUGGCUAUGUCAAAUCAGCAUCCUUGUGGCCAACCAAGAGCGUACCGAGUCUUGCCGCUGGUCUCCCCCAUUUUGCUGUAGAUUGGGCACGAUGCUGGGGUCGCGAUGUCUUUAUCUCGCUUCGCGGUUUGCUUCUAUGUACAGGUCGUUUUGACGAGGCGAAGGGGCAUAUCAUUAGUUUCGCGAGCGUUCUCAAACAUGGCAUGAUUCCUAAUCUGUUGAGUAGCGGUAAGCUACCACGAUACAAUUCUCGAGACUCGGUCUGGUUUUUCCUGCAGGCUAUUCAGGAUUACACAAAGAUGGCGCCCGACGGAAUCAGGAUUUUGGAUGCGAAAGUCCCUCGACGCUUUUUGCCGUAUGAUGAUACUUGGUUCCCAUAUGACGAUCCACGAGCAUAUUCUCAGUCAUCCACAAUUCGGGAAAUUAUCCAAGAAGUAUUUCAACGCCAUGCUUCCGGACUCAGCUUUAGAGAAUACAACGCUGGGCCCGCGCUUGAUGUUCAAAUGAAACCGGAAGGAUUCCAGAUUGACGUCAACGUGGACUGGGACAAUGGCAUCAUAUUUGGAGGCAACCAGUUCAACUGCGGUACAUGGAUGGAUAAAAUGGGCGAAAGCGAAAAGGCAGGAAGUAAGGGAUAUCCUGGAACACCACGAGACGGGGCCGCCAUCGAAAUCACCGGCUUGUGCUAUAGUGCACUGAAAUGGGUCCAAGAACUUCGCGCAUACGGGCAGUACGAACACGAGGGAGUCACUGAUGACAAUAAAUCUACUAUCACGUUCGCCGAAUGGGCAUCAAAGAUCAAAUCCAACUUUGAGCGAUGCUACUACAUUCCCCUCGACAGCACGGACGACAACAAAUACGACAUUGACCCUUCGCUCGUCAACAGACGAGGCAUCUACAAAGAUCUCUACAAGUCUGGUAAACCGUAUGAAGACUACCAACUCCGCGCCAAUUUUCCAAUCGCCAUGGCCGUUGCCCCUGAACUUUUCAACCCUGAACACGCAUUACAAUGCCUCUCCCUCGCCGAUUCCGUCCUUCUAGGACCCACGGGCGUCGCUACCCUUGACCCAUCCGAUCUCAACUACAGACCCAAUUACGAUAACUCUGAAGAUUCAAGUGAUUUCGCAACUUCAAAGGGAAGGAAUUACCACCAGGGUCCUGAAUGGCUAUGGCCUCGCGGAUUCUUCUUGCGGGCACUAUUACAUUUCGAUCUCUUGCGGAGAAAGACGGUGCAUGGGCGUACAGAAACCUUUCAGCAGGUUACGAGACGGCUCAAAGGGUGUAAAAUUGCCCUCAAAGAGAGUCCAUGGAAGGGAUUGACGGAGUUGACGAAUAAGGAUGGGGCUUAUUGUGCGGAUUCGUCUCCUACUCAAGCUUGGUCUGCUGGAUGUCUACUUGAUGUGUAUUACGAUGCUUCCAAGGUAGCGUCGCAUUAA